AAUUGCUAUGAAUUACCUUACAAUUCAAUCAACUAGUAUACCUUCUAAACAGGCAUUUUCUGUAACUAAACAUACUAUUUCUCUUACUUAUAAUCAUAUUGAUACUGAAAUAACACAUGCAUCAUUAUACCUUAAAAGCUGA